UUGCCAAAAUGUCACACUUGUGGACAAGGCAUGUCUAUUGUCCACAAAAGCGAAAGGAGGAAAGAGAGUCCCUCCUUAUCAUGGAACAUGAAAACUGUUUUCAGUCUUUGAGAUGCCCCAACUUUCUGCAUCUUUUGUUCCUUCUUUUGUCUUAUUCAACCAAUCCCCCGCCGAGUCCUUCCAAUUUCACUUCCAGACAACAUUCUGUCCAAACAGCCACCCUCACCCACCUGCAGUCUCAUAUCACCUAAACCUAAUUCCCUGUAUUUUUCUCUUAUUAAUAUUAAUUAAUACAUCUUAUAUUAUAUAUACAUAUACUCUGUUAAUCAACACCACAAACAAACCCUAGCCUUGUUUGUUAAUUUAUUGGUCUAUUUUUUUCUCUCUUUGAACUUAUCAUGACCACUCUCUCUGAAGUCUACAGAGAACAUGCUAUCCCCCUCCGGCAUAUCGUUCCCCUGGACUUCCACUCCGUCCGGACCGUGCCCGACUCGCACGUGUGGCCUAAAUCCGAUGACUUCUCAUCCGAUGACCAGUUAUCAAUCCCAAUCAUUGACCUCAAAGAUCCCCUCGCUGUAAAACUUGCAGGCCAUGCAUGUGAAACAUGGGGUGCGUUCCAAGUUAUUAACCAUGGCAUUCCUUCGAAUCUUGUUGAAGAGGUGGAGUCUGAGGCUCGGCGGCUGUUCUCUCUCCCGGCUCAGCAGAAGAUGAAGGCGUUACGUGAGCCGGCAGGUGCCACUGGAUAUGGUCUAGCUCGGAUAUCCCCGUUUUUCCCAAAGUAUAUGUGGCAUGAAGGGUUUACAAUCAUGGGUUCACCGGUUGACCAUGCUAGGGCACUUUGGCCUAAUGACAAUGCACGUUUUUGCGACGUAAUAGAGAGGUAUCAGAAGAAGAUGAAAGAUUUAGCAGAGCAACUCACACAUCUCAUCCUCAAGUCAUUGGACGUUUCCCAAGAAGACCUAAGCUGGGACGUGGGUUCACCCUCUACCGCUCUUCAGCUGAACUCUUACCCUUCGUGUCCAGACCCGAAUCGAACCAUGGGUCUAGCCCCACACACAGACACAUCCCUCUUAACCAUUCUACACCAAAGUUCCAUAAGCGGUCUCCAAAUCUUCAAAGAAGGAGUCGGUUGGCUCUCAGUGCGACCCAUUCCCGGUGCCCUGGUCGUAAAUGUUGGCGAUCUUCUGCAUAUUCUGUCCAACGCUCGAUUCCCUAGUGUCCUUCACCGGGCCGUCGUAAACCGAGAUGGGUGUCACAGGUUAUCCGUGGCUUAUUUCUAUGGAAUACCCACAGAUUGUAAUGUAUCCCCGUUGGCAAAGCUCUUAAAUUCAGGCCAUACACCUAGAUACCGGUCUGUGACAGUGAAAGAAUAUAUGAUCCUUAAGUCUAAGAAUUUCGAGGAAGCACUUUCUUUGAUUGGAAUUUAAGUUUGUAGCUUUUUAACAUUAGUGGGACAAGUCAGUGUUCGGAUUUUGUGCUUUUAGCUUGGCACGUUGCUAGUUGGCAUUGCUAGUUGUAAUUAAAUAAAAUUAUCCUCCUUAAACUUUGCAUUAUUCUAUGUAAAAUUGAAAUGUAUAUUGUGAUUUUUUUUUUUGUAUA